UGGAGUUGAGUGGUUGUGGUUUGUGUACAGUUACUUCCAGUAUUUCCGCUGCCUUGUGUGCUCUAGGGGGGAAAUUAAAGGAAUAUAACUGACAGGUCUUGUAUAUAGUACAUGUAAAUGACCUGUUUCGUUCCGAAAUAACUUUUAGAAAGUGGAAAAUUUGCACUGGUGUGUGUGGGCGAGGGACUUAAUAAAUGCAAUUGGAAAGCAUUACGGUUAAUAAUUGUAUAUUAUAAAGAUCACUAGCAAGAUGGAGGUGGAAGCUCGGGUAAGUGUCCAAGCCAUGAGGGGAAGAUUUGAGCAGUUACAUGAAGAUACUCCACUAGCAAAUUCUUCUGCCCAGAUCAACACCUCUCCAGUUAGAGCAAGAACAGCAUCAGUCCAGGACACACACAAAUCUAGUGAUGGAACAAAGCCUCAAAAGAAGUUGUUGCAUCCCACUAAGGUAGGUGAACAGGACCAUACACCCCUGACAACUGGUGUCAACAACGGCUCAACUAAAGAACUUAAUAAUGAAUCAUUUUUAUCUGAAAUUAUAUCGCCACUCCGUCCUAGUUCUAAGACUAUCAAGGCAUUAUCUCACAGGAAACAUUCUAUUGAUAGUCAAGCAGAAAGGAGAAACCACUCGGAAAUACGAACUCACAGAAGCGUACUGAAUAAGAGUGCGGAUGACAAGUUAGACACGUGUGGUACUCAAGUCAAGCCUAGUGUUGUCCGAAGAAUACCCGUGUUCAAAUCAGUUGACACGGGUCUUAAUUCUCAGGAAAAGAAAUUAAGUAAAGAAAAAGACAGAGACGAGGAUGAGGAGGAGCCUGUCACUGAAUGUCAUGAGAAAAGAGGGAGAUUUUUUGGGCAUAUCCGCUCCAGAUCACAUGGAAGUUUCAUUAUUAAAAGAGACUCUAGUGUUGAAAAGAAAGGCGACAGUAACAUAAAGCAGAAGGACAGCACAGGUAUAUUAAAUAAGGACUGGCUCAUUCAAAAGAGAAAACCGAAAAGUAAUGAUAGUUUAUUUAAUAAUCAAGAUUCUAAAAGCAAUUCAACAUUUGAGGGCAAACAGAAAAUUGUAGCUAAUGUAGUGAGAAAUAUGAAAAAUAAAGAAAAACCAAAAGUGUUUAGAAAGCUAAGUUUUUCUUCAAAAACUGAGAAAGAAAUUAAAAAUAAGAAGGAAAAAUCCAUAACGCCACGUUCAAAAGAUAAGAAAAUUGGCCGACUUUCUUCGCCAGAUAAAGCUGACAACUUACAGCUACAAACUGAGACAAAUGCCAAAGAUAUUAAGAUAGAUGGUGAACCUAAAUUACUGGUAGACAGUAAACGAAGGUCUAAUGCACAGAAAACUUCACCUUUAUCAGGAGCAGCAGUAGCCACAGUAUCAAUUGCAAAAGCUGUUGCAAACGUUGCACUGACAAAAUCCGGAGCUGCAACUUCGACGAUUGUUGACAGUGGUUCAUCACAUUCUAGCGGAGACACACUUGUAAUUCCUCCUGCAAGACCUCCAAGACGUAGAUCUUCUGGUGCUGGUUUGACACCACAUAAAAAAGGAAAAGCUCCAUCACCACCAAGCCUAUCAUCACCAUCUCCAAUUUCACCAAAUCAAAUUGUAAGCGAUAAAUCACCAACUAAAAGUUGCACUAUUGAUGAAAUUUUGCAAUCAUCAGAUAUAAGCAGCACAGAAAUUCCCAUAGAGUUUAGAUUGACUCCAGAUAUUAAUGGGCAUAGGUACACAGAGUCUCCUGAUCUCAGUAAAUCUUCUGAAUCCCUUUUAUCAUCCCAAUCUUUAGAGAAGACCAGAGAAAAUUCCCCGAUAAUGAUAAAUCAAGAUAGCUCACCUUCUUUAAGUAAAAGGUCUGCAAUUGCCCAUAGUCCUAUUCCUGGACCUUUGAGUAACCAAAAAUACAAUAAAGAGUGGGGAAGCACAGAAUUAAAGUGUGAGCUACAAUCGGUGCAGUUAGAAACUAAUAAAGAAAUAGAUAUAUCAACAGAAGACCAUAGGCCACACAGAAAAGGUAGAAUUACUUCAAAAUCCACUGAAUGUCUCAGAGAAAAAGUCAAUAGUGAUGAAAUGUUGGAAACUUCUGAAAAUACAAAGCCAGAAUGUAUACCAGUUGGGCCACCGCCUAGAAAGCCGCCAAGAACUUUUGCUUAUGACAUUUAUCGAAAUGUUAAAACUUCUAAUGGUGAAGAAGUUCAGGGGGAGAAAGAGUCUGGUGAAAUAAAUGAAAAUUCUCAAGCUGAAACACCUCCCGCACAACCCAUCUAUGCUGUUCCAUUGAAGAAGAAAAAGAACAAUAAAAAUUUUACUCCCAAGCCUCCCAUCAGAAGUAAAAGUGAUUUGACUGACCAUGACAUUUCUAAACCAUCCAUUGCUCCUAAGCCUGCCCAUAUUAUCACUAAAGCCAAGAGAGCAUCAGUGGUUGACCCUCUUUCUAGUACUGAGAAAGAUGAGGAAGCAGCCAUAACAUCAGAAUUUCAAAAGCAAGCACAUAUUCGCUAUAGCCUCAGAAGACCAAAGAAACCACCACCUGCUCCUCCUCCAUGCACAGACAUUGAGGGAAAUGCUACUAAUCAUUGUGUCAAUAGUCCUUGUAUCCCUGAUGCCACAAGACAUGUUCAUAUAAACCGUAGGUCUUCUUUGAAUGACCAAAUAAGUCAUCUAGGCUUUAAAAAUGCUUGGGAUGUGAACAGAAACCAUAAACAAAUGCAUGAUGAGAAUAGCCCUCCAGAUUCACUCAAAUUAAGAACAUCACACUUCGAAUCCCUCUCUUCAAGUCAAAGUAUUUCUGCCAAUGAUUACGAGGAUAUAAAGUCCUUGAUCCCAGCUAUUAGAGCAACAUCUACAUGCAACUUAGAAGCAAACUCCACAUCAUUUGAAACUGAUCAACCACUCUCACUUGGUUACUGCUGUGUGAAUACCUCAUCUGACAUUGCUCAUCUCUACCGGAAACGCAGCAUGAGUGAUGAAACACUAUAUAAGGGAUCAAGACGUGGAGAUGAACCAAUAUAUGCGACGCCCAUAUUCACUUCCACCAAGGGAACUUCUAAUCAUAACCACCAGAGAGAGCUGCAUUACAUGUGUUCCGUCCUUUUCACUGGGGAGGAGGAGGCAGAUGCAGGCCGGGAUGGAAGCGGACGAAGACACAGGAGGAACAGUACACAUGGCAAGGAGAAGAUAAUGGGGAAUGAUGUUGCUGAUGGAAAUAGAGCAAGAUCUGGUUUGAUUUCAGCGUGGAAGAGAGAUUUUCGACAGAGUUGCCGUCAGGUUCAAAAUAAAAUCAAGAAAACGGUAAUCAGAUAGUAGGAACUUGACUAUUUUUUUUUAUCAUUACAUAUACAGUAUAUAUAUAUAUAUAUUUUUUUUUACAGUAAUAUAUUGAUUUGUGUUACAUUUAUUGCUAAUUAAAAAUGAACACAUCAGGCGUUACAAGAUUUUCAACUAAGCUUUAAUGACUGUGCUGUAUUAAAGAGAAAUUCCAGAAUGGCAUAAUCCAUAUAAAUACAUAUAUUCCUUCACUUUAAAAUAGAACAGGUAAUAAUGGGCAAUUGGUCAUAUCAGAAUUGAUGUGUAAUCCAUUGAUUCUGCUAUGUUGCAUACUAUUUGCUUUAAUGAAUGUAUGUUGUGAAAUUAUGUUAGACGACACGAGACCAAAGCUAAUGUUAGUGUUAAUUUAGCAUGGAUAGCCUUUAUUUCAAUUACAGUACAUACAGUACACACUUUUUCUGACAAGAGCAUUGACAUUACAAGUACCGGUAAUAUGCUCAUGAAUCAAAGUUUUAAUGUGUAAAUUAAAAACAAAUUGAAAGGAAUAAAUUGGAGCAUUUAAACUCCAGUACCAUCUGCUUUGGUCAGAUCAAAGUGUAA